UGACCCCGGCCUGCCGCUACCACCUUGGCCCGGCCCGGGGACGUAGCCUCAGCCACGAUGGGGCUCCUGCCCAAGCCCGGAGCGCGCCAGGGCAGCGGCACCUCCUCGGUCCCAGCCAGAGGUUGCUCCCGCUCAGUCUUCAGCAACAUUAAGGUAUUCGUGCUCUGUCAUGGCCUGCUACAGCUCUGUCAGCUGCUCUACAGCGCCUACUUCAAGAGCAGCCUUACCACAAUCGAGAAACGCUUCGGGCUCUCCAGUUCUUCCUCCGGGCUCAUCUCCAGUUUGAAUGAGAUCAGCAACGCUAUCCUCAUCAUCUUUGUCAGCUACUUUGGCAGCCGAGUGAACCGCCCACGGAUGAUCGGCAUAGGGGGUCUCCUCCUGGCUGCAGGGGCCUUUGUCCUCACCCUCCCACACUUCCUGUCAGAACCCUAUCAGUACACCUCAACUACUCCUGGAAACAGCAGCAGCUUGCAGACCGACCUCUGUCAGAAGCGUUCGCCAGAUGUGCCCCCCAGUAAGUGCCACAGCACCGUGCCUGAUACCCAAAAGGAGACCAGCAGCAUGUGGGGCCUGAUGGUGGUUGCUCAACUGCUGGCCGGCAUUGGCACAGUGCCCAUUCAGCCAUUUGGGAUCUCCUAUGUGGACGACUUUGCAGAGCCUACCAACUCGCCUCUGUACAUCUCCAUCUUAUUUGCCAUCGCCGUGUUUGGACCGGCCUUCGGGUACCUGCUGGGCUCAGUCAUGCUGAGGAUCUUCGUGGACUACGGCAGAGUGGACACGGCUACGGUGAACCUGAGCCCACAUGACCCUCGGUGGAUCGGAGCCUGGUGGCUGGGCCUGCUCAUCUCCUCAGGCUUCUUGAUUGUCACCUCUUUGCCCUUUUUCUUCUUUCCCCGAGCCAUGUCCAGAGGAGCAGAGAGGUCUGUUACCGCAGAAGAAACAAUGAAGAUGGAGGAGAACAAGUCAAGAGGCUCCCUGAUGGAUUUCAUUAAACGGUUCCCCCGCAUCUUCCUGAGGCUGCUGCUAAACCCGCUCUUCAUGCUGGUGGUCCUGAGCCAGUGUACCUUCUCCUCAGUCAUUGCUGGCCUCUCCACAUUCCUCAACAAGUUCCUGGAGAAGCAGUAUGGUGCUCCAGCAGCCUAUGCCAACCUCCUCAUUGGCGCUGUAAACCUUCCAGCUGCGGCCUUGGGAAUGCUAUUUGGAGGAAUCCUCAUGAAACGUUUUGCUUUCCCUCUGCAAACCAUCCCCCGAGUAGCUGCCACCAUUAUGACCAUCUCCAUGAUCCUAUGUGCCCCUCUCUUCUUUAUGGGAUGUUCCACACCAGCUGUGGCUGAGGUCUACCCUCCCAGCACAUCAAGUUCUAUACAUCCACAGCCUCCUGCCUGCCGCAGGGACUGCUUGUGCCCAGAUUCCAUCUUCCAUCCUGUCUGCGGAGACAAUGGUGUCGAGUACCUCUCCCCCUGCCACGCCGGCUGCAGCAGCCUCAACAUGAGCUCAGCGGCUUCUAAGGAACCAAUCUAUCUGAACUGCAGCUGUGUGACUGGGGGAGCUGCGUCAGCCAAGACAGGCUCGUGCCCUGUGUCCUGUGCACAGCUGCUGCUCCCAGCCAUCUUCCUCAUCUCCUUCGCGGCGCUCAUCGCCUGCGUCUCCCACAACCCGCUCUACAUGAUGGUCCUACGUGUGGUGAACCAAGAUGAAAAGUCAUUUGCCAUUGGGGUACAGUUCUUGUUGAUGCGUUUGCUGGCCUGGCUGCCAUCUCCAUCCCUUUAUGGCCUCCUCAUCGACUCCUCCUGUAUCCGGUGGAACUACCUAUGCUCAGGGAGACGAGGGGCCUGUACAUAUUAUGACAACGAUGCUCUCCGAAACAGGUACCUGGGCCUACAGGUGGUCUACAAGGCCUUGGGAACACUGCUGCUCUUCUUUAUCAGCUGGAGGGUGAAGAAGAACAGGGAAUACAGCCUGCAGGAGAACACCUCGGGCCUCAUCUGACCCUCAGCUGAGACUACUGCCCUGCCCCAGAGACUGGAUCCUACCCCCUCCACACCUGCCUGUAUUAAUUAAUGUUAAUAUGCCUUCUUCCUCUUCCUCCUCUUCCUCUUCUUCCUCCUCUUCUUCCUCUU